AUGGCUAGAGAUCAACAAGCGGUAGUGCUUAAUGCACUUGAUGUUGCCAAGACCCAGUGGUGCCAUUUCACAGCAAUUGUCAUUGCCGGAAUGGGAUUUUUCACAGAUGCCUAUGAUAUCUUCUCCAUCUCCUUCAUCACCAAACUCCUUGGUCAUGUAUACUAUACUGAGCAAGGUGCAAAAAAGCCUGGCACGUUGCCUCCCAAUGUGUCUGCAGCCGUUAGCAGUGUUGCCCUAUGCGGCACUUUAGCCGGACAACUCUGCUUUGGCUGGCUUGGUGAUAAAUUAGGCCGAAAGAAAGUUUAUGGUAUAACUCUCAUGCUAAUGGUGAUCAGCUCCAUUGCCUCAGGGCUCUCUUUUGGAUCCACACCAAAUGGUGCGAUGGCAACGCUUUGUUUCUUUCGAUUUUGGCUUGGUUUCGGCAUUGGCGGUGACUAUCCCCUUUCAGCUACAAUCAUGUCUGAGUAUGCUAACAAAAAGACUCGUGGGGCUUUCAUAGCGGCUGUUUUUGCCAUGCAAGGAUUUGGAAUUUUGACGGCUGGGAUUGUUUCUAUAAUUGUUUCAAGCGCAUUUGAUCAUGCAUACAAGGCUCCUCCUUACUCAGUUGAUCCAAAAGCUUCUCUUGUUCCUGAAGCAGAUUAUGUUUGGCGCAUCAUUUUGAUGUUUGGAGCCCUCCCUGCUGCUCUUACUUACUACUGGCGAAGUAAAACGCCUGAGACAGCUAGGUACACUGCCCUUGUUGAAAACAAUGCAAAACAGGCAGCAGUAGACAUGUCUAAAGUGUUACAAGUUAAUCUUGAAUCCGAAGAGGGCAACGUCGAGGAGAAAGUGAUCGAGCAACAACAUCCAGACAAAGCAUCGUUUGGCUUGUUCACCAAGGAAUUUGCACAUCGGCACGGACUUCACUUGCUUGGUACCACCACUACUUGGUUCUUACUUGACAUUGCCUACUACAGCCAAAAUCUUUUCCAAAAGGAUAUAUUCAGUGCAAUUGGGUGGAUUCCAGCAGCAGAAACCAUGAACGCCAUUGAAGAGCUCUAUACAAUUGCAAGGGCACAAACACUUAUAGCGUUGUGCAGUCUUGUUCCGGGUUACUGGUUCACAGUGGCAUUCAUCGAUCGUAUUGGAAGGUUUCCAAUCCAAUUAAUGGGUUUCUUUUUCAUGACAGUAUUCAUGUUUGCCCUUGCAAUUCCUUACCAUCAUUGGACAUUGAAGCCUAACAGAAUUGGGUUUGUGGUAUUGUACUCACUCACAUUUUUCUUCUCCAAUUUUGGACCCAAUGCCACCACCUUUGUUGUGCCAGCAGAAAUCUUCCCUGCAAGGCUGAGGUCUACUUGUCACGGAAUAUCAGCGGCUGGGGGUAAGGCUGGAGCUAUAGUGGGUGGCUUUGGGUUCUUAUACGCUGCACAAAGCACAAACCCGGCAAAAACGGACCCUGGAUACCCACCAGGUAUUGGUGUGAAGAAUUCUCUAAUUAUGCUUGGCACCAUCAACUUCUUCGGCAUGUUGUUUACUCUGUUAUUGCCUGAAUCAAAGGGAAAAACACUGGAGGAGUUGAGUGGUGAGAAUGAGGAGUGA